AUGUGGGACCAGGACACGGGGAAGGAGAAUGAGAUGGAUGGCAAUGACUCUGCCUUGAUCAUCACCAUGAACUCCAAAAGGAGGAGGUGGACACUGGAUGACUUGGCCAUGAGCUGGACUCGCACAUCCCUCUCUUUGCAGACCUACCAGGACCAGCACAGUGGUAAGGAGGAGGAAGAGGAAGAACAGCAGUCCCUUUCACACUUGCAGUCUCCAUUGGACCCCAGCAGGAUGCUUGCAGAAGUCCGUGUGGAAAGGUGCACCUUCAUGGACUCCAAGAUGAAACCCCUGUGGAUCAUGUACAGCAGUAAGGAGGCAGGCAGUGCUGACAGUGUUGGCAUCAUCUUUAAGAUUGAGGAUGAUCUCCACCAGGACAUGCUGACUCUGCAGAUGAUCCAGCUCAUGGACGCCCUGUGGAAGCAGGAGGGCCUGGACCUAAGGAUGACCCCCUAUGGCUGCCUUCCCACUGGUGACUGCAUGGGCCUCAUUGAGGUGGUGCAGCACUCGGACACCAUUGCCAACAUCCAGCUGAACCAGAGCAACCUGGCUGCCAUAGCUGCCUUCAACAAGGAUGCCCUGCUCAACUGGCUCAAGUCCAAGAACCCUGGAGAAGCCCUGGAUCGAGCCAUUGAAGACUUCACCCUCUCUUGUGCAGGCUACUGUGUGGCCACAUAUGUGCUGGGCAUCGGUGACCGGCACAGUGACAACAUCAUGAUCCGUGAGAAUGGGCAGCUAUUUCAUAUUGACUUUGGCCACUUUCUGGGGAAUUUCAAGACCAAGUUUGGAAUCAACCGUGAGCGAGUCCCAUUCAUCCUCACCCAUGACUUUGUCCACGUGAUUCAGCAGGGCAAGACUAGUAAUAAUGAGAAGUUUGAAAGGUUUUGAGGCUACUGUGAACAGGCCUACUGCAUUCUGCGGCGCCAUGGGCUCCUCUUCCUCCAACUCUUUGGUCUGAUGCGGGCAGCAGGCCUGCCUGAGCUCAGCUCCUCCAAAGACAUCCAGUACUUGAAGGACACUCUGGCACUGGGGAAGACGGAGGAGGAGGGGCUGAAGCACUUCCAGCUUAAGUUCAAUGAAGCCCUGAGGGAGAGCUGGAAGACCAAAGUGAACUGGCUGGCCCACAACCUGACCAAAGACAACCGGCAAUAGUGGCCACCUCUGAGCCACCACAGGCUGGCAAACCUGUUCUGAGGACAGCUACCCUUGGUUGUCCUAGAUGGGGCCUCACACCUGAACUGCACCUCAUGGUAAAGAACAACACAAUUGCCUUUUGUUUACACUAGUUAUUUAGACAGACAGGAAAUGUUUAAA